UGACGAAUUGAAAGUUGCCAACUGGAAAGUAAACUUUUCCACUGUCCCUCACGCGCAUUGUCUUGCGCGUAGCGUCACCAUUGUCCCUCCUCACCUGACUGAACAUCACUCCCAUUCCCAAUCUGCAGCACCAUUUGGAUUUGGUGCAUUUCUAAGCUAACCUAACCUAACCAAAACACCAAGGAAAGAAACACUUUCCCUUUCCUUUCUCCUUAACAAUUCCAAACGACACGUCGCCGUUUCAGGUGCUUUGCAGCAAUGAGGUUAUCUCUCGCACUCUUCAUCAUUGUUUCUCUUCUCCUCUGCUUCGCCUCCACCGAAUCUGUCACUGAGUCCAACUCCGAGAUCAAUGCCACCGCUGCUGAGUAUAAUAAUGUGUCCAGCGCGAGAUCCAAGGAGGACAGUUUCGCUGACAUGCUUGAUCGUGCUCUCGAAAAGGAGUUCAAUGAGAGUGACCAAAACGAAGCUACUGAUCCUGGCAGCUUCAACAACAGUGUUGCUGGAGAACAGGCUGUUUUGGAAACUGUUGCCAGAGUUAAGAAGAAAAAUGAGACCAAGGAGGAGAAGUCAUUUCAGUUUCAUGAUGUUUUUAAUUUGGAUAAUGAAAAUGGACAAGAAGAUACUCCAACAUUGAUUGAUCGGAAGGACAAUGUGUUUAUCAUAUCAAAUGCAAAGUCGAAAUAUCCAGUGCUACAACUAGACUUGAGAUUGAUAUCAGAUCUGGUGGUUGUUAUUGUCUCUGCAACUUGUGGUGGCAUUGCCUUUGCUUGUGCUGGACAACCGGUUAUUACAGGAUAUCUGCUGGCAGGAUCUGUUAUUGGGCCUGGGGGCUUCAGCUUUGUCAGUGAAAUGGUUCAAGUUGAAACAGUGGCCCAAUUUGGUGUCAUUUUCCUUCUUUUUGCAUUGGGCCUGGAAUUCUCCACAUCAAAGCUUCGAGUUGUUCGUGCAGUUGCCGUUUUAGGAGGUCUUCUCCAGAUUUUUCUAUUUAUGUGCUUGUGUGGAAUAAUAGCUUCGUUGUGUGGUGGUAAGCCUUCAGAAGGGGUAUUUGUUGGUGUCUUGCUGUCUAUGUCUUCAACUGCAGUGGUUUUAAAGUUUUUGAUGGAAAGGAAUAGUAUAAGUGCCUUACAUGGUCAAGUCACAAUUGGUAUUCUUAUUUUGCAGGAUUGUGCUGUGGGUUUGCUUUUUGCUCUGCUUCCAGUUCUUGGUGGAACGUCUGGUGUUCUUCAAGGAGUAAUAUCCAUGACUAAAUCAUUGGUGAUGUUGAUUUCAUUUCUGGCCAUUUUGACGAUAUUAUCUCGUACAUGUGUACCAUGGUUUCUGAAGCUAAUGAUAAGUUUAUCUUCGCAGACUAAUGAGCUCUAUCAACUGGCAUCUGUGGCAUUCUGCUUACUUGUUGCUUGGUGUAGUGAUAAGCUGGGUUUAAGCCUUGAACUGGGUUCCUUUGCUGCUGGAGUGAUGAUAUCUACAACUGAUCUUGCUCAACACACGCUUGAACAA